AUGUCUGCCGGCAAGACCUCUCUAGUGUCCAUUGAUGCAGGGCAAAGACAUCCAGCUUCUCCAAGCGCACCCGGAGAGGACAUCCUGGGACCCCCUGCAGCUUGGCAGAACGGUGACGUCCGUCAGGCCUUCAGGUUUAAGCAUGGCUCCAGAUGGGGGAUGCUAGGCCCAAGAUGUGGAGAGAACUUCAACCAGGACCGAACUUUACAGAGGUGCCUUCCGACGAAAGAUCUUUCUGCCAAGGGUGCGGCUCCAAGGCCUCGCGCUCGGGUCGUACGCGUCGUGCGCGCAGCCACUGCACUGGCCUUGGGCGGUGUUGUCUUGGUCUUAGGUACAGAACUCACAGGUCUCAACCUUGCAUUCAGGUUCCAUAUGGCCACCUUCGCGGCGGCUGAACAGGCCAUUGAGAGCAACCUGGGCCAUGCGGCGCCAGACACCACGGUGCCCUUGUCCGCCCAGGUCGGCUGGAACUUCCCUGUGAUUCCGGAGGGGGCUGAGACCACCAUUAUUCCAGUGGCCUUUCCCGUGGACAGUUUGCCCAAAGAGAAGCAAGCUCGACUGGUGCAGGAGAUGGAGAUCUUCGCGGUCUUGGGCCUGGCUCUGAUGAUCUGGAUGCUUCCCUUCUUCUUCAUCAACCGCGGCUUAUGCU